CAUAUUCAUACUGGGGAAAAACCAUAUCAUUGCAAUAUCUGUGGCAAAUCAUUUUCUCAAAAUGGUACCUUAACUUGUCACAAACAUACACAUACAGGAGUGAGGCCAUAUCGUUGUGAUAUCUGUGCUGAAUCUUACUCUCGGAGUGAUGCCUUGGCUAAACACAAACUUUCACAUACAGAAGAAAAGCCAUAUAAAUGUGACUAGUCACAAACGUAUUCAUACUGGAGAAAAACCAUAUCCAUGUGAUAUCUGUGGUAAAUCAUUUUCUCAUAAUAGUGAUUUAACUCGUCACAAACAUAUUCAUACAUAUCAUUGUAAUAUUCAUGGUAAAUCUUUCAUUCAAAGUGGUGAGUUGAUUAAACGCAAACUUACACAUACAGGAGAGAAAGCAUAUCCUUGUAAUAUCUGCGGUAAAUCAUUCUCUCAAAAAUCAAUUUAUCUAAUCACAAACUUAUUCAUAUAGGAGAGAAGCCAUAUCAUUGUAAUACCUGUGGUGAGUCAUUCUCUCAAAAAGGCCACUUAAUUACACAUUUGAAUAUUCAUACACAAGUGUAACCGUAUGAAUAUCAAAAUUUAUUACAACAUACCAAUUAAUGAAUAUUUUGUCUGCUAAAAGACAGGGUUUAUUCCUCUUCAAGCUUGACAUUAUCAACUUCAGUUUCUUGGAUGUCAACAUGAAAUUCAUG